CCUCCAUUCCUCUCUACGCACCCACAUCAAUGGACGCCGUGGAGUUGUUCAAGAGGCUCGGAGCCGGCGCAAAGUUUGAUUUGAAACGAUUUGGCAGAGAUGCGGAAAGGUUUAAGGUGGGAAAGUCUCAGAACAAAGAAAUCACCAGUCCUUUGACUGAAAUUAGCUACUUUGGGAAAACCAGAGAGCCAGCUGAAGAAUCCAGACAUGGUUAUACAGAUGAUGAAGAUGAAGAGCACAACUCAGAGGAAGAUCAUCCCACCGUUGUGGACGAAUCGCUGAGCACGCUGAAGAAAAAAAGGAAAGGGAAUAAAAGAAAAACUCAGGAUUCUGAAGACGAGCGUAGCCAUGACGAGGAUUCGGAGCAGAAUGGGAUCCGGUGGACGUCUUCGCAAGACAAGAAGGCGGAAGGCGCGAAGAAAAAGGCCACAGAUGGACCAUCGAUAAAGAGGUUAAAGCAGCUUCAUAAAGAGAAGCUCAAUCAGAUCCGACAUCAGAACAGGAUUAACGUGCACGGUACAGACAUCCCGGACCCUCUCUGUACGUUCGAAGAGCUUCAGCAGGAGUACGAGCUGGAUUCCCGGAUCAUUCAGAACAUCAAAGCGGCUGGAUUUCAGACCCCGACGCCCAUUCAGAUGCAGGCCAUCCCUCUGAUGAUGCACAGACGAGAAAUCCUGGCGUGUGCCCCCACGGGCUCGGGAAAAACCGUAGCCUUCUGCCUGCCUGUGCUGGCGCAUCUCCGUCAGCCGCUCAACAAGGGUUUCAGGGCGCUCAUCGUAGCACCCACGAGAGAGCUGGCCAGCCAGACGCACAGAGAGCUCCUGAAGCUGUCUGAGGGAGUGGGCUUCAGGGUUCACAUGAUUAAUAAAGGAGUGGACGCUGCCAAGAAAUACGGUCCCAAGUCAGCCAAGAAAUUUGACAUAUUGGUGACGACGCCGAACAGGCUGAUCUACCUGCUCAACCAGGAGCCUCCAGCUGUUGAUCUGAGCAGCGUGGAGUGGUUGGUGGUGGACGAGUCCGACAAGCUGUUCGAGGAUGGUAAGACCGGCUUCAGGGAGCAGCUGGCCGCCAUCUUCCUGGCCUGCACCUCUCCGAAAGUUUGCCGCGCUCUCUUCAGUGCCACUUUCACCACGGAGGUCGAGCAGUGGUGCAAACUCAACCUGGACAAUCUCGUCUCCGUGAACAUCGGACCCAGGAACUCUGCAGCGGAGACGGUGGAGCAGGAACUGCUGUUCGUAGGAGCAGAAAACGGCAAGCUGCUCGCAAUGAGGGACCUGAUAAAGAAGGGCUUUCUUCCUCCCAUGCUGGUGUUUGUACAGUCUAUAGAACGAGCCAGAGAGUUGUUCCAUGAGCUGGUGUACGAGGGCAUCAACGUCGACGUGAUUCAUGCCGAGCGAACGCAACAGCAGAGAGAUAACGUGGUCAGCAGCUUCCGUGCAGGUAAAAUCUGGGUGCUCAUCUGCACGGCGCUCAUGGCUCGUGGGAUCGAUUUCAAAGGCGUCAACCUGGUGGUGAACUACGACUUUCCUACCAGUGCUGUAGAGUACAUCCAUCGUAUCGGUCGCACAGGACGAGCGGGUCAUAAAGGGAAAGCUGUCACGUUUUUCACCGAGGCUGACAAACCCCUCCUGCGAAGCAUCGCCUCAGUAAUAAAACAAGCUGGAUGUCCUGUGCCUGAUUACAUGAUUGGAUUCAAGAAACUAAAAAGCAAAGUGAAGCGACAUCUUGAGAAGAAACCUCCGAGAAGGGCAACGAUUCGCACCAUGCCUCGCAUUCUCAUGCAAAAGAAUCCUGGCAAAGUAAAAAGGAAAAAGGGAAAAUCUGAGGCAAGACCAAACGGCGGCGAAGCAGAUGAUAAAAAAUAAGAUUUUGGUAAAUGAUCGCUGUAAAAAAAAUUGUCUAAUAAAAUUCAAAAGUUUGA